CACUUUCAAGUUUUCAACACAGACACCAUUUCAAAGCUAAAUUCUCUCUCUCUUUAUCUCCGUUACCUCUCUCUACCGUUACUCCGCUUUUCCCAGAGGGAAACUGUUCGAAUUCGUAAUUAGAAAUGGAGUAUUUUGCCGCUGAUUAUGCUGAAUUCUCGUCGGCGGAAAAUGGCAAUUUCAGCAAUGGCGUCCAUUUCACGGUGGAUGAUUUGCUCGAUUUUUCAAAGGAGGAUGAGACAAUGACCGACGCCUUUUUCGAGAGCUUGCCUGGAAAUUCCGGCGAUUCCUCCACUGUUACCGCCGUCGACAGCUGUAAUUCCUCUGUUUCCGGCGGAGGAGACGGUCAAUUCAACGGUAAUAUCAGCUGCCGCAGCUAUAAUGAACCGCAAUUCUCCGGCAACGAGCUCUGCGUUCCGUAUGAUGAUUUAGCUGAGCUGGAAUGGCUAUCGAAUUUCGUGGAAGAAUCAUUCUCAACCGACGACCACCGCUUCAUCCCCGCCGCCGCCGCCAAAAGCGCGUCACCCGGCACCUCCUCCUCCGCCAUCGCCGGCCACUUUCCGCCGCCGUCGGUCUUCCCCUCCGACGUCUCCGUCCCCGGAAAAGCCCGCAGCAAGCGCUCCCGCGCGCCGCCGUGCGACUGGUCCUCCCGCCUCCUCCACCUCGCCGCCCCGCCGCCGGUCAAGCUGGAGCCCUCGGAGACCCCGGCCCGGAAAUGCCUCCACUGCGCGUCGGAGAAGACGCCGCAGUGGAGGACGGGCCCGAUGGGCCCGAAGACGCUCUGCAACGCGUGCGGCGUCCGGUUCAAGUCGGGCCGGCUCGUGCCCGAGUACCGGCCCGCCGCCAGCCCGACGUUCGUCACGGCCCGGCACUCGAACUCACACCGGAAAGUGAUGGAGCUCCGGCGGCAGAAGGACGUGCAGAGGCAGCAGAUGAUCGGCCACGCCGCCGCGUCGGUAUUCAACGGCUGCGAUGAGUUCCUCAUUCAUCACCGGAGCGGCAUCAACGGCCAGGAUAUGAGGCACGUGAUCUAGCAACGGAGAUUGGAGUGGUGGUCUGUGGUCCCCACCUUGCUAAUUUUUAGUCUUAAUUAAGUCAUAACCUCGAAAUUUUAGAUAUUUGAAUUUUUAAAAACAGAAGUUGGAGGGAGAAGGAGAUGGUUCCAAUUCAAUUGUAGAACAUGUAAUGCAUAUUUUUGUUCCUAAAUUUUGAAUUCACACUUUUUUUUUAUAAUAUUAGAUUUUUCACAA